ACUGCGGCGAGGAGUAAACUGUCAGCCCAUGUGGCGUGGCCGCCGGAGGUGGCGGCUGCUUAAAUAGCGGUGGGAGCUAGAGGGAGACAGUGAGGGGAGCGCUGAGCAUCGGCCGUGUGCAGCCAGGCAGCAGCAGCAGCCGCAGCAGCCACCGCCGCCGCCCCCAGCCCAGCUGCAGCGCAAAGCCCGGUCCGGCCAGAGUCUUCCCGGCACGAAACCUUCCGCCCCUGUGCAGGGAGAAGUUAAGAUAUGGAGGACGUGGUGAUUGCAGGCAUAUCAGGAAGGCUGCCAGAAUCGGAGAAUUUGCAAGAGUUUUGGGAGAACCUGAUAAAUGGAGUUGAUAUGGUCACAGAGGAUGAUCGGAGAUGGAAACCCGGAAUUUAUGGACUGCCCAAGAGAAAUGGAAAGCUCAAGGACUUAAGCAAAUUCGAUGCAUCCUUCUUUGGGGUUCAUGCCAAACAAGCUCAUACAAUGGAUCCGCAACUUCGCAUGAUAUUGGAAGUGUCUUAUGAAGCUAUUUUGGAUGGAGGUAUUAAUCCAGUCACCCUCCAAGGCACAAACACAGGUGUGUGGAUUGGUACUGCUGGGGGAGAAGCUGGUGAAGUCUAUAGCCAAGAUCCAGAAACACUUUUGGGAUACAGCAUGACUGGCUGCCAGCGUGGUAUGCUUGCCAACAGGCUUUCCUACUUCUAUGACUUCAAAGGACCAAGCUUAACUAUUGACACAGCCUGCUCCUCUAGUCUUGUUGCUCUGGAAGGUGCUUAUAAGGCAGUUCGCAAUGGAGUGUGCGAUGCAGCCCUAGUAGGAGGGGCCAACAUUUUGCUGAGACCCAACACUUCUGUGCAGUUCAUGAAACUGGGUAUGCUUAGCCCUAGCGGUGCCUGCAAGGCUUUUGAUGCUUCAGGAGAUGGAUAUUGUCGCUCUGAAGCUAUUGUUGUCCUUCUUUUGACCAAGAGAUCUCUGGCUAAGCGGAUCUAUGCCACAAUAGUCAAUGCUGGAACUAACAGUGAUGGCUUUAAGGAGCAAGGUGUGACAUUCCCAUCUGGAGAGAUGCAGCAUCAGUUGGUCAAGUCUUUGUACAGAGAAAGCGGAAUCAAACCUGCAGAAGCAGAGUUCCUUGAAGCUCAUGGGACAGGCACCAAGGUUGGAGAUACACAGGAAUUAAAUGGCAUUCUAAAGGCCUUCUGCGAGGAUGAGAGAGAACCACUGUUGAUUGGAUCAUGCAAGUCAAACAUGGGUCAUGCAGAGCCUGCCUCUGGGCUUGCUGCUUUAGCCAAGGUCAUUCUCUGUUUGGAACAUGGGGUGUGGGCUCCAAAUCUUCAUUAUAGUGUCCCACAUCCAGAGGUUCCUGCCUUAACAGAUGGCACUCUGAAGGUAGUUUGUGAACCAAUGCCAGUGAAAGGUGGCCUUGUCAGUAUCAACUCUUUUGGCUUUGGAGGUGCUAAUGCUCACGUCAUUCUGAGGCAAAAUAGGAGAAAAGACCAGCCUCUGGAGACUUGUGAUGUGCCAAGACUGGUUCAAGUUUGUGGCAGAACCCAGGAAGCUGUGGAAACACUGAUUCAAGGGUGCAGAAAAAAUGGAGGAUGCAGCCCAUUUGUAAGCCUGGUCACUGAUAUCUCUACAAUUCCUGUAUCCGCCAUGCCCUACAGGGGCUACACACUAGUUGGCACUGAGAGUGACAUAAAAGAGGUUCAGCGAGUUCAAGGAUCUGGUAGACCGCUCUGGUACAUCUGCUCAGGCAUGGGAACACAGUGGAAAGGUAUGGGCCUGAGCCUUAUGAAGUUGGAUUUGUUUCGCCAGUCUAUAUUGCGCUCGGACGAGGCUUUGAAGAGCACAGGCCUAAAGGUCUCAGACCUGCUUCUGCAGGCAGAUGAGGACAGUUUUGAAGAUCCUGUCAAUGCAUUUGUUGGACUAGCUGCUAUUCAGAUUGCCCAGAUUGAUAUGCUAAAGGCUGCAGGUCUGCAACCUGAUGGGAUUUUGGGCCACUCAGUAGGAGAGCUAGCUUGUGGCUAUGCAGAUAGCUCCUUAAGUCAUGAAGAAGCCCUUCUUGCUGCUUAUUGGAGAGGACGAUGCGUUAAAGAGGCCAAAUUUCCCCCAGGAAAAAUGGCUGCUGUUGGUCUGUCAUGGGAGGAAUGUAAGCAAUGCUGUCCUCCAGAUGUGGUACUGGCCUGUCACAACUGUGAAGAUACUGUCACUGUUUCAGGGCCUCUGGAUGCUGUGACUGGGUUUGUAGCCAAACUGAAAAAGGAUGGUGUGUUUGCAAAGGAUGUGCGCAGUGCUGGAGUUGCAUUUCAUUCCCCUUACAUGGCAUCUAUUGCACCAGUGCUGCUCAGUGCCCUGAAAAAGGUCAUUCCAAACCCUAAACCUCGUUCAGCACGGUGGAUCAGUACCUCUAUCCCUGAAUCUGAGUGGCAGAGUGAUCUGGCUAGGAAUGCCUCUGCAGAGUACCAUGUGAACAACCUAGUGAGUCCAGUGCUGUUCCACGAAGGCCUGAAGCAUAUUCCAGAAAACGCUGUUGUUGUAGAGAUUGCUCCACAUGCUCUUUUACAGGGUGUUGUGAAGAGAUCUGUGAAACAAACUUGUACUGUUCUACCUUUGAUGAAGAAAGACCACAAAAAUAAUUUGGAGUUCUUCCUAACGCAGACUGGAAAGAUUCAUUUAACUGGGAUAAAUGUUCUUGGAAAUAACUUGUUCCCACGUGUGGAAUACCCUGUCCCAGUGGGAACACCCCUUAUUUCUCCACACAUCAAAUGGGAACACAGCCAGGAAUGGACCGUUCCAAAAGCUGAAGACUUUGCAGCAGGUCCCAAAGGCUCUGCAUCUGCUGCAGUCUACAAUAUUGAUGUGAGUCCUGACUCUCCUGACCAAUACUUGGUUGAUCACUGCAUUGAUGGCAGAGUCCUGUACCCAGCAACUGGGUACCUAGUACUGGCUUGGCGAACUCUGGCACGGUCUCUUGGGACGGUUAUGGACAAACUAGCUGUUAUGUUUGAAGAAGUAACAAUUCAUCAGGCAACAAUCAUUCCCAAAAAGGGAUCAGUAAAGCUGGAAGUAAAACUCCUGCCUGCUUCUAACUGUUUUGAGGUGUCAGGGAAUGGGAACCUGGCUGUGAGUGGGAAGAUUUCCACCCUAGAAAGCACUGCUCUGAAGAACUUCCAUAACCAGCUAGCUAACUUUCAGACUCCAGUAGACACAAGCUCAAAGUCCAGGCUCUUGAAAGAAGACGUUUACCAAGAGCUGCAUCUGCGUGGAUAUAAUUAUGGACCAACUUUCCAGGGUGUUCUGGAAUGCAACAAUGAAGCAAGCGCAGGGAAGAUUCUGUGGAAUGGGAACUGGGUGACCUUCCUUGACACCCUGCUACACGUGUUAAUCUUAAGUGAGUCUGGGCGCAGUCUGCGCUUACCCACCAGGAUUCGCUCGGUGUGUAUUGACCCAGUGCUGCAUCAAGAGCAGGUGUGCCAAUACCAGGAGAAUAUAAACGCUUUUGAUGUUUUCGUGGACUGCUGUCUUGAUAGCCUUAAAGCAGGAGCUGUUCAGAUCAGUGGCCUUCAUGCUUCUGUGGCACCACGGCGACAACAGGAACGGACCUCUCCCACCCUGGAAAAAUUCUGCUUUGUGCCCUAUACUGAGCAUGACUGUUUGUCUUCCAGUGCUGAUCUUCACGCCUGUCUGGUGUGCUGCAAAGAUCUGAUCCGGAAAUUACAGGCUAAAGUGGCACUGCAUGGGGUUAAAUUAGUCAUCCCUGGACUAGAAAGUGAAGAGGGUGAUGCAGAGUCCUCACCCAUACAGAAGGGCCUUAACCAUAUCCUUGCUGAAAUCUGUAGUAUGGACUUGAAUGGAAACCUCCAUUCUGAGCUGGAAGAGAUCAUAACCCGAGAGAAAGCACACCUCCAGGAAGACCCUCUUCUCAAUGGGUUACUAGAUUCUUCAGAGUUGAAGACUUGCCUGGAUGUGGCUUUGGAGAACAUAACCAGUCACAGGAUGAAGAUAGUAGAGGUUCUUGCAGGAAGUGGACAUCUGUUCUCUCAUGUCAUGAAUACUCUGAAAACUCAGCCCCUGUUGCACGUGGAAUACAUUGCCACCGACUACCUCCUGAAAAAUCUUUCAGUUAGUGAAACAGAGCUACAAAGUGCUGGAGUUAACUUUAGCCAGUGGGAUCCAUCUAAACUUCCUCCUGAAAACCUGACCAAUGCUGACCUGGUGGUAUACAACUAUUCUACAAAUGUUCUGGGGAACACUGCUGAAGUUCUCUCUAAUUUGGUAGCUGCAGUGAAAGAAGGAGGGUUUGUUUUGCUACACACCCUUCUUAAAGGAGAAGCUCUUGCAGAAACCGUCAGUUUCCUUACGACUCCAGACCUACAGCAGGCACACAGCUUCCUGAGUGAGUCACAGUGGGAGGGCUUAUUCAGCAAAGCCUCACUGAAUCUGGUUGCCAUGAAGAAAUCGUUCUUUGGCUCUGUUAUUUUCCUGUGUCGCCGGCAAGCUCCUGCCAAAACACCUGUUUUUCUGCCAAUAGAUGAGACCCACUUUAAAUGGGUUGAAUCCUUAAAGGAGAUCUUGGCUGAACCAUCGGACCAGCCUGUGUGGUUGACUGCCACUGGUUGUGGGACCUCAGGAAUUCUGGGAAUGGUGAACUGCCUCCGCCUUGAAGCAGAAGGCCACAGAAUCAGGUGUGUUUUCAUUUCCAACUUGAACCCUUCUUCAUCUGUCCCACCGACAAAUCUUUCUUCCCUGGAGAUGCAGAAGAUUGUUCAGAGCGACCUGGUGAUGAAUGUGUAUCGUGAUGGAAACUGGGGCUCCUUUAGGCAUCUCCCAUUGCAGCAAGCACAAUGUCAGGAGUUGACAGAAUAUGCCUAUGUAAAUGUGUUGACUCGUGGAGACCUCUCAUCUCUUCAUUGGAUUGCCUCCCCACUUCGGCACUUCCGCACAACUGAUCCCAAUGUUAAGCUCUGCAAAGUCUAUUAUGCAUCUCUCAACUUCCGGGACAUUAUGUUGGCCACAGGAAAGCUCUCUCCAGAUGCUAUCCCUGGUAACUGGGCUUUGAAGCAGUGCAUGCUGGGCAUGGAGUUCUCGGGACAGGACCUGACUGGAAGAAGGGUGAUGGGAUUGCUGCCAGCAAAGGGGCUGGCUACAAUGGUAGACUGUAACAAGAAGUUUCUGUGGGAGGUGCCUAAAAACUGGACUCUGGAAGAAGCAGCUUCAGUGCCUGUGGUUUAUGCCACUGCUUACUAUGCUUUGGUGGUUCGAGGCGGUAUCAGGAAGGGUGAGAGUAUCCUUAUUCACUCUGGCUCAGGAGGUGUGGGCCAAGCAGCCAUUUCCAUUGCUCUGAGCAUGGGCUGCCAGGUCUUUGUUACUGUAGGCUCCACUGAGAAACGCGAGUAUCUCCAAGCAAGAUUCCCACAGCUGCAUGCUAAUAGCUUUGCCAGCUCCCGAAAUACUAACUUUGAGCAACACGUACUGCGAGUUACCAAUGGGAAAGGUGUCAACCUUGUGUUAAAUUCCCUGGCAGAAGAGAAGCUCCAAGCCAGCUUGCGUUGUCUUGCUCAACAUGGGCGCUUUUUGGAAAUAGGCAAAUUUGAUCUGUCUAACAACAGUCAGCUUGGAAUGGCUCUCUUCCUCAAGAAUGUGGCAUUUCAUGGGAUCCUACUAGAUUCAAUCUUUGAUGAUGGAAACAAAGAUUGGGAAGUAGUAUCAGAGUUGUUGGAGAAAGGCAUAAGAGAGGGUGUGGUAAAGCCCCUGAGGAGUACAGUCUUCAGCAAAGAAGAUGUAGAAGCUGCCUUCAGGUUCAUGGCACAAGGAAAACACAUUGGCAAAGUAAUGAUCAAGGUCCGAGAAGAGGAAAAGGAAUAUCCUUCAAGAAGGUCUGAACCAGUUAAAAUCUCUGCCAUCUGCCGAACCUCCUGUCCACCUACCAAGUCUUACAUCAUCACAGGGGGCCUCGGAGGAUUUGGGCUUGAGCUGGCACAGUGGCUAGUUGAGAGAGGAGCACAGAAGCUUAUACUGACAUCUCGUUCUGGCAUACGAACUGGCUACCAGGCUAAACGUGUUCAAGAGUGGAAGACACUGGGAAUCCAAGUGUUAGUAUCUACCAGUGAUAUUGGAACACUAGAAGGAACACAGCAGUUGAUCGAAGAAGCUUUGCAGCUUGGCCCAGUUGGAGGUGUCUUUAAUUUGGCUGUGGUCCUUAGAGAUGGCAUGAUUGAAAAUCAGACCCCAGAGUUGUUCUCCGAGGUCAACAAGCCCAAGAGUUCAGGCACCCGUCACUUGGAUUUGGUGACUCGUAAGAAGUGUCCAGACCUGGACUAUUUUGUUGUGUUCUCUUCUGUAAGCUGUGGAAAAGGAAAUGCUGGGCAAAGUAAUUAUGGCUUUGCCAAUUCUACCAUGGAGCGUAUCUGUGAGCAGCGACGUCAUGAUGGACUCCCGGGCCUGGCAGUCCAAUGGGGAGCCAUUGGUGAUGUUGGUGUCCUUGUGAAGUUGAUGGGAAAGAGAGAUGUUGUGGUUGGAGGAACUGUUCCCCAGCAAAUCAGCUCAUGCCUGGAGGUCCUCGAUGUCUUCCUGAAUCAACCUCAUCCAGUCAUGUCCAGUCUUGUCCUAGCAGAGAAGGCUUCUGUGAAAUGCGGAGACGACAAGCAACGGGAUCUUGUAGAAGCUGUUGUUCACAUCCUGGGUGUCAGUGAUGUGAGUACUCUGAAUACUGAUAGCACCUUGGCAGACUUGGGUUUGGAUUCCUUGAUGGGUGUGGAGGUGCGCCAGACACUGGAGAGAGACUAUGACAUCUCUAUGACCAUGAGAGAAAUUCGACUCCUUACAAUCAACAAACUGCGUGAACUUUCUUCCAAGUCCACCACAGCAACAGAUGCGAAGCCAUCCCAAAUACUGAAGUCAGGCUCAGGCAAACCUCCAAAACUAGAUUUGAACAACCUGUUGGUGAACCCAGAAGGGCCAACGAUCACCCGUCUCAAUGAUGUUCAGAGCACAGAGCGCCCUCUUUUCCUUGUUCACCCCAUUGAAGGAUCCACUGCAGUUUUCCACACUCUCGCCUCCAAGCUUCAUAUGCCCUGCUAUGGGUUCCACUGCAGAAAAGCUGCUCCCUUGGACAGCAUACAGAGCCUAGCAGCCUAUUACAUUGACUGUAUGAAGCAGAUACAGCCUGAAGGACCUUACCGCAUUGCUGGAUAUUCUUUCGGUGCCUGUGUAGCCUUUGAAAUGUGCUCCCAACUACAAGCAAAACAAAGUGCUUCCCAUGCACUCAACAGUCUGUUCCUCUUAGAUGGGUCUCAUUCCUUUGUGGCAGCAUACACUCAGAACUACAGAACCAAACUGAUUGAAGGAAAUGAGGCUGCACUGGAGUCUGAAGCAUUGUGUGCCUUUGUUCAGCAAUUUACAGGCAUUGACUACAACAAGCUGCAGGACAUUUUUCUGCCCCUGAAAGAUAUGGAGGCUCGUGUGACUGCUGCUACAGACGUCGUAUCUCGGAUUCAUCCAGACCUCAAUCGUGACUUACUCAGCUUUGCUGCUGCUUCCUUUUACUAUAAACUGAAGGCUGCUGACAAGUAUAUACCAGAGUCCAAGUAUCAUGGGAAUGUGACGCUGAUACGGGCAAAGUUUCACAAUGAAUAUGAAGGUCUGAGUGGAGACUACAGACUCUCAGAGGUGUGCGAUGGGAAAGUAUCUGUCCAUAUUGUUGAAGGGGAUCACCACACCUUCUUUGAUGGAGAUCGCAUUGACUCAAUUACUGGGAUCAUCCACAGCUCACUGGCAGAGCCACGUGUCAGUGUCAGAGAGGGUUAACUUCUGCUUGCUUACUGUCAAUGGUGAAGAAAAUGCCAACAACAUUCCUUGUUAUGACAGACCCCAAGGAACUCUUCUUAUUGUUCAACAUCUCAUCUGCUCUGCUGCCAGAACUGGGAAGUCAAGCUGAACUUGACUGGUCUCUUCCUCUCUCUUUCUUGCUCAUCUUUUCCUUUCCCAACUUUCGUGGGUUCUCUCUCCUCCUUCCCUUCCUAUGCUUUGUUUUCCCCUAGUAUUUCUGUCCAUGUUACUCUAGUGCUGUGACUCUGUCACUGUGCACUGCUAUAAGGGUUCCCCAUCGAUGGUUGCUUCCUACACCCUUGGCAGUAUGAAAAACAAAUUUAGGAGUAGAUUUCUUGUGCUCUAUAUUGUUUUGUCUUAACAGUAUUCUAAAGGGUAUGUGAUAGCACUUGUUGACCAAGCCCAGUGAGCAGGGAGGGGAGCUGCAGCUGAUUUCGGAGAUACCUUUUGUCUGUGAAGAAUCUGUCUGUAGUUAGGUCAGAAAGAGGAUUCCAUUGAGGCUUUUGUAACUAUAUUUUUUUUUAAUUUGAUGUAUUCUAAGUAUUUAUUGUGUCAAACCAGAGACUUCUUACUUGGUUUUAAUUUAUCGUGGGUUAUAGGAGAAAAGAAACAUCCCUUUUUGGAGGAGAAGGUUUAUUCUACCAGGGGAAGUUGCCCGUUUGUUAAACCGAAGUACAUCUUUGGAACAGUCUGGUUUCUUUUUGUGGGUUUUGGGUGGUUUUGUGGGUUUUUUUCCCUUUUUUCUCCCACUGCCCUGUGCUGUUCAGAAAGGAAAAAGUAGAAGGGAAGAUUCUUGCCAUCAUCCACCCUUUUGAGGAGAGAGGCAGGUGGGGAGGGAGGGUGGAUGGUUUGACAGAUGCCACUGUGUAUCGAACAGCCUUAACUUGGGUGUGAUUAAAAACAGGCAAAGCUGUCCCUAGGCAGGAACUUUGUUUAUAUUUGUUUAAGGUUCUGCUCUGCUGUAUCAGAACCUUAGUAAAGCAUUAAGACUAUUGCAUUGUCUUAUUCCCUCUCACCACCCAACCAGACAUUUGGAAUGGGGGCAGGGGGAAUAGAAUUCUUCAAGGAUAACUGAACAAAUCCUGCUACCCCUGCUCCCCUGUAACCAAAGCUUAGGCAAACAUACAAGCAUCUACCCAAAGCCCCUGUAUAUUUUAUUUAUCACGGGGCUUGCUUAAGCCUUGUGUACUCAUUUUCCUCUCUAGUAAUGAGACUGGAGAUCCCACAUAAGUUAACUAAGUAAUGAGUUUGAUGGUAUGAUUUCAAAAGUUAGUACCUUUUUAAGGCAAACUUGCGUAAAAUUCCAUUAAAAAAUGUCUUGCCUUUGCUAUGCUGGAUCUGUCCUUUCUGAAAUCAGUAAAUCCUUGCUACACUUAUGAUACAGAGGAGACCUGGGUAGCAAGAAAGCACUAACUAGGAGGAGCUACUGUACCUCUCAGAAUUGCUGUAAAACCCCAGUUCUCUCCAUCUUCAUCCCCCAGUGAAGUAUCCUGUAAGUACAGGAGCAUUCCAGUGACAGGAAUAGGUGACUCUUCACUGCAGGUUCUGACCUUUGCUCAUACCACCCUCUGUUGAUAGUGGCUGGGUGAACUGGUUUUAGUUUUAUAACAUACUUCUUUUGUGAAAUCUGAAAUAGAACCAACAUAACGUCAGCUUAAAGGAUUUCCAAAAUAAGUCUUGUUCUUUUUUUCUCUUUCUUCCCAUCCCCCCCUUUUUUUUUAAUACUUUUUGGUCUGAAGAGUGUCUUUUUUCUCUUUGGCUUUCCUAGUAUUAAACAGAAUUGAUCACUGGUUGGCUUUUUGUCUUAUUAUCUACCAUUUCUUAUUCCUAUGUUUCAUCAGGAAUCUCUUGUUUCUUGGUAUAAAGCAAAAACUGCUGCUGGCAUAUCUGAUUUGGAAUCUGUAGAAAUAACAACAAUAAUAAAGAACACUUAUUAUUCCUGAGCAUGGCUUCUUGUUGCCAUGAUUUCGGUACCUGAGAUACAACCAAACCACAUGCCUACAUGAUCGACAUGGAAACUCUCAUUCUAAUUCUGGGUCCACUGUUGCGGUUUCCCCAUCUGCACAAUGGGACUAAUAGCAUCUACCUCAAGGUCGUUGAGAGUGUUAGAUAGGCAAUGGGUAUAAAUGCUAUUAAGUUGCUAGGUAUGAUGACUAGGUGGAAAUGGGAGGAGGGAAGUGGGGUGCCUUACAGCUGUAAAUAAUCUAAUACUGAAGAGUGGCUAUGUGAAGCGGGCACAUGUGCAUACUGGGGGACUUCUUUAUAUCCCUGCAUACUCUCCACACACAUCCUAGCAUAGGAUACUACAUAAAAUAAAACAAAUGGGGACUGGAUGGUUUGUUUGUUUAAAUUUACCUACUGGCGGUUGUUGAAAGAAUCCUACUUGCCUUGGUUGUAUCGAACACCUAGAAGGAAAAAGAAAGGAGUGAUGAAAACUUAAGCAAACAGGUACAAUAGUUCUAGGCUAAAGCGUUUAACAAGUCUGGGCUGUGUGGAGGGAGCAAGGACUAAUGCUGUUCCAGCUGUCGAAGCAGGGAUUGGACAGGUUUUCUGUGUAAGCAUAAAUAUGCAUGGUCUCACCUAAGCAAAGCUUGAAGAUACUGGUUUAGUAAUAGAGUAGAAUUACUUAUAGCCUAUAUGCUCUCAAUGUUCUUGUGGUGUUUAUUUGAAAAGCAGAAGGUUGUUUCGUUUUUGUUCCCCCCCCCCCCCAUAAUUGUCUAAUUAUCAGCUGCUGCCCUGUAACCCAUUGUGUAACUGGCUGCUGAAUACAGUGUGCCAAAAAUAAAAACCUUAUCAGUGCUGGUA